AUGACUGUAUCAGAUGAUGGUGGGAGUAAUAUUGCUGACAUCACUAAUGCUAGUAGGCCUGGUAGGAAUAAGACCAUAUUUAAUCCAAACAAGUUGAUUAGUACUGGAGAUCAUUUAGAGACUGUAUCCACUCAUAAUCUUAGCACUAUAUGUAAUGCCAUUUUCUCAGACAAUGAGGUUCCAAAUCAUACAUCAAAGUGGACAAACGAGAAUGUCGAUGACAUGUGCCCUGUUUAUGGUUUAGAUACUACAACAGACGAUGUAGUGAGGAAGAGAUAUAAGACGGAAAAUUCUAUUAUGGAUGACCAACUAGCAGAACUUCAAAGCAUUCUACCAGGGCACAUUGAUCGAGUAUCAUGGCAAACGCAUGAUUCCAUUUUGAAGGCGUCUGUUGACUAUAUUAAAAUGCACAGACACGACCAUGAUCGUAUUCAGCAAUUGAAAGACAAAAUGAGGGAAUGUGACCUUGAAAUUAGAAAAAUGUUGUUGAGAGUCGAGAGAUUACAGUUACGUACUGCAAUCAGUCUCACAAAAAGACGAGGACCAGAUGUAAUGAAACAAUAAAACACACACUGGGGAACAAUACUUCGAGAUCUAAUACAGUUUCUGCAUUAACAGCACUAACGAUAGCUGACGCAAAUAAAUAAAUAUGAAUGGUAAAACUGGAAAAAAGCUAUUAAACAUUACAACAUGUAAAUCCUUCAUUUAAAUGCUAGAGGGUACAGUAAUGUAAGUAAAAUUUGGGUAAUUGUACUUGUGUACUCCAACAUUGUGCUUACAGUUGUUGUUU